AUGACCCUUGUCCUGUCCAUGAAUCCUUUCCUGGACCCAGAGGGAGACCCUCCACUCUCUUCAUACCAGCCCAUAUGGGAAUCAGAGCGCUGCACUAAGACCUGCUUGUCGAACCCCGCCCCACCAUGCAGCUCUGACGAGCAAUUUACACCGGAGCCCCCCUGUCGGCGAGUUCCUGAUCAUGUUUCAAUGUCAAGGAUUGCGUACUUCAAGAGGAAGUUUAUUGAUGAUGAUGAUGAGGCUCCUUUCAGUUUCAGGACAUACUGCCAGACUGUGGCACCAGUUUUGGAGGAGCGUGCCCAUGUGCUGCGCCUCUCCCUGGAAAAGAUGCGAUUCAUUGACGACCCUGAGGCCUUUCUCCGACGCUCCGUCCUCGUUAACAACCUCCUCCGGCGUCUGCGAGCUGAGAUCCUGCUCCAGAGCACUGACUGGUGCUUCCCGCCCAACCCGGCAUUUACCACCGGCCCCUGCGUCCUGCCACCCAGCACGAACCCCGCUCACCAGGCACUCCACGGAACUGUACCCACCCGGAUCUGCUUAGCUCCCCAAGCAGGACCGCCAUUCCGCAAGCGCUUCCGAAUGGUCCGUGGGGGACAGGGCGAGCUCCGGCCUGACUGUGCCCAGACAUGCUGCUGCAUCUACGCGGCGGCUGCAGCUGCGGGACACUACCUCCACCUCCCGUUCUCCAUGUACGACGCGGCACUCUCAACCUGCCCAUCCACACCACACUCCUCCUCCUUUUUUCAACUAGCUAGCCACAGCAAGUUAGGGCUGACAGUGGCCGUGGAAGAGCAUGAUGAUGAGGAUGAUGAUGUCGAAGAGGAGGAUGAAAAUGAAGAAGAGGAAGAAAGGGAAGACGAGGAGGAGGAAGAAGAUGAUGAUGAAAGAAGACAAGCGGGGCCUUCUAUUGAUUUGGUUAAGGACAAGUCAAGCCAGAAAAGUAGGACUAGGACCUUGCUGGGUCAUGCACACGCAAGGACAGAGGAGGACAGCUGCAUGACAGAGAGGGUAGAAGAAGAGGAGGAGGAGGGGGAGCAG